AUGCACACCCUCGCCCGAGGGAAGCACGGCGCGGGCUAUGUAUUAGAAGAAGGCAUCACCAACAACCGCAGGACCGAGACAGCAACGUCAACGGCAGCAGCGCGCGCACUUCGCCCCACUAAUGCUGAGGCGGAAACGCCGCUGAGCCCGACAGCGCAGACCACAGAGGUUCCACCGCGCCAUAACGAGAAGCUGGGCCGCAAUCACACCCGGUGGAUGAGCAAGGAAGUGAUGGUCGUUGUUGGUGUUAGCAAACCGCAGACCCUCGACCGCAGCUACAUCAGACUUCAUGACAACUAG